AUGUCGUCCAGCAAUAAAGCCUCGUCGAUCGUGUACAGCGUAGCAACGCGCAAAAAUCGCGAUGCGGCCCGAAAAGCGUUAACCGAGUUCUUCUACCCGGAGGAACCGCUCACACUCGCCUAUCGGUACGGUCGUGAGGUGACGGUGGACGAUCUGGAAAACUCGUUGGCGUUCCUCGACCAAGGCACAGUGACACUUGCAACGGUCAACGAUCAACCGGAUGGUAACGUGGUCGGUAUCGCGAUCGGUGGUCCCUCGAAUACCGCCCUGCAGGUGACGGUCGAGACGCAAAAGUUUACCGACGUUAUGGCGUUUCUGAAGAUGGUCUCGGAUCGGAGUCUACCGCGAGCACUGGGAUCGCGACCGUGCUACAAUCUGCACUGCCUGGCCGUCCAUCCCGCGUUCCGGGGCCGCUCGAUCGCCCGCCGGCUGGUGCAGGAACAGCUGCUGCUGGCCAAGAGCGCAACGUUCGACGCCUUUACGGCCGAUGCUACGGCACGAGCCUCGGCCCAGUUGCUGCGCCAGCUGGGCAUGCAGGAAAUCUCGCGGAUGCGGUUCGAUCAGUACCGUAACGAGCGUGGCGAGACAGUGUUCGAUACGUUCCCGGACGCCGAAGUUAUCACACUGGAACAGUUGUUGUAG